CGUCGUUUGGCCGGGGCGAAGACGUGAGAAAUCGCCGAUCUGAUGGGAUGUCAUCACCGCACGCAGAAUCUCCGAGAUGGGCGCGACAAAGUUCAGCCAGAGCGCGCACGGCGACAGGCCCCCGGCUUCACCGUAUAAGGGUCAGUCCGCCCCAAGAGGCUGAUUUGCGCGACGAAAUCGACCAUCUGAACCGUGAUUCGCACUAUGUCCGGACCGGAGUCAACCCGGAUUGGGAUAAAUUAGGAACUUCUUGGAGCGUUUUGAAUCAAGUUCCGUCCAAUUUCGUCCUCUUUCAUCCUAGGGUGCGUUCCACAAGAUCUGACUUAUCCCAGUGAGAAUGAAUGACCCCCUCUCUUUCUUACGGAGGACGGCAGGUGCGAAAAAACUUGCGGUCAGCGCCCGCGAUUUGAGCCAUCUGAGUCUGAGACUCAGUGUUUUGGGCCUGAUUUGCGCUAUUUUCAGGCCGAGGUAUAGCAACAAUUUCGGGCCGUUAUUUGCACGAUUCCGGCCGGACCCAAUAGGGAGUAGCCGGGGGCCUACAGCGACAUCAUGCGGCGGCAGUCCGCAUUGUUGCGACGGCCGUCGCCGUGGUACACAACGGCAGCGUCACCGGACUCAGACGGCCCCACCACCUGCCCCCAACCCUGAAGCGACGCGAGUGGGGUGACUGAUCAUGCAGCAUGGCUUGACAACAGCGUCCGCCCGACUUUGUUCCACGGGCGGUCACAUUCGCCCACGCCGCGAUUUAUCCACCGCAUACAAGACGCGGGGCACACAGAGCAGCAAUCCCAGCAGCAGCAGCAGCAGUCAAUAGCUCCCAUCGCAUCCCCAUCCCCAUCCCCUUGACGAUGAAGAUCUCACAUCCCAUCCCGGUCCUCACCGCGCUCCUGCCGCUCGUCCGAGUCGCCGCGCAGUGCCCGCAGGUGCACGUGUUCGGCGCGCGCGAGACGACCGUGCCGCCCGGCUACGGCACCUCGGGGCCCGUCGUGCAGAGCAUCGUCGGCGCGUACCCCGGCGCGACGAGCGAGGCGAUCACGUACCCGGCGUGCGGCGGGCAGGCGAGCUGCGGCGGCGUGUCGUACGCGAACUCGGCCGUCGCGGGCGUCGCGGCGGUCGCGAGCCAGGUGAAUGCGUUCAACGCGCAGUGCCCGAAUACCGUGCUCGUGCUCGUGGGAUACUCCCAGGGCGGGCAGAUUAUGGACGACGCGUACUGCGGCGGCGGGGACACGAACGAGGGCCUGUCGAACACGGCCAUCCCCAUCUCCGCCGCUGCGCAAAAGAAGAUCGCCGCUGCGAUAUUCAUGGGCGACCCGCGCCACAUCCCCGGGCUCUCCUACAACGUCGGCACGUGCCAGGCUUCCGGCUUCGCCCCGCGGCCGGCCGGCUUCAAGUGCCCGUACGCAUCCAACAUCCAGUCCUACUGCGAUGCCGCGGACCCGUACUGCUGCAACGGCUCCGACGCCAACACGCACCAGGGCUACGCCGUCGAAUACGGCGCGGCCGCGCUCACCUUCGUCAAGGGCAAGGUCAACGCGCUCCUCAGCGGCGGCGGCGGUGGCGGCGGGGGCACCGGCCCGGUCAGCACCACCAGCGCUACCCCGCCUCCGGUCGGCACGGGCGGCACCGUUGCGCAUUGGGGACAGUGCGGUGGGCAGGGCUGGACGGGUGCGACGGCGUGCGUGGCGCCGUACAAUUGCGUCGCGGCCAACGCUUAUUACUCCCAGUGUCUUUGAGUUCCUUCUCACUCUAUGUGUUCUCGAUGAUCCGCGUAAUCCAACAUAUUUUGCUUGUCUCUGGUUAUUCGAGUCUGUGUGCCAUUUCAACUGCCAGUGAAGAAGCCCGUCUGCUCUUUGGUAUGGCUUGAAACUCUCACCAUCGACGCAUGGUUGAAACCACGUCAAGCUGUUCGCAUGCCGUUCCUUUUGUACAUCUUGU